AUGGCGUCCCAUUCCCACAGCAGUAGCGGCAACAUCGACGCGGGGCGGUCCCUGAAGCGGCGGAAGACGCGCAAGGGCACGCGCAGCUGCUGGGCCUGCAAGCGCCGCAAGGUCAAGUGCACGUACGCCAACCCCACGGACGAGGUGUGCAUCGGCUGCUCCCGCCGCUGCCUCGAGUGCGUCGGCCAGGAGUUCCCGGAGCAGGACCCGGGCCCCUCGUCCAAGAGCCGGCUGGUGGGGGACCGCAUCGGCCGGCUCGAGUCUAUGAUCCAGCAGCUGGCUGAGCAGGUCGCCGGCCACGUCGCUUCACCCGCCAUUUCGCCGUCGCCUCCGGUCAGCCUCAGUAGAUCUGUACCUGCAUCGUUACUACCGAGUGCGCCUUGCCAUGAGACUCGGUCAAAGUGCCGAGAAAUAUCGCAAGCGCUGCUAGCAGCUUUCCCAUCACCCUCAGAUCUCCGCAUCAUCGCCGGCACCGGCGAUAGCCUAGCGCUUUACCUGCCUCUAGCGCUGUUGUCACCGGCGAGCCAACUCGAGAGGAGAGUCGCAUUCGAGUCGGAGAAGCUAUGGGGUCCACAAGAGUUCACACAAGAUACACACCCGGUGCUCAUUGCACGACGCAUGCUUCUGCUCGCUGGCGUGCUCAAACAUCUGCACGCGGCAGGUUCCGCAGGGCCCAGCAGUACCAAAUACCAGCAGCUGGUCAAACUGACCCGACCGCCCCGUGCGCUGGCUCGGAACUUGGCAGAAACGGCCACGACGUUAGUGACAUCGCAUGAUAAAUUCACCACCGAUAGUAUCGAAGGCCUGGAGUGCCUCUGGCUCGAGGUGCUGUAUCACGCACACAAUGGCAGCCCGCGCCUGUCUUGGAUGACCUGCAGGAGGGCAAUCUCUGCCGUGCAUCUCAUGGGAUUCCAAGGCCGCCGAUACGGACCCAGUGCAACCCCGAAAUCUCUCACGCAGCAGAUAGAUGGCCAAGUAGUAGACCUGCAGGUAAUAUGGCACCGCCUCGUGCACAGCGAGCUUGCACUAUGCUUGGCGCUGGACCUACCGGCCUCGGUACCGUACCCGGACGAUACUCUGACAUUCUUGCCGGACGAGGUCAUGACAGGCGACGACGAUCUGUCGGCUACGAUAGCGCUGGAAAGGCGACAUACAUCUAUCGCCAGCCACCUGAUUGAGAGAAGCGUAUGCGAUCCGCACUUUGAAGACUUGGACACCACGCACCAGAUCCUCACCGAACUCGAACAAGCGAUGAGUGCGAUGCAGAGCGGGUGGCGGGGCACGCCCAGCCUCAGUGACGUGGACGACAACAAGCAACUAUUCGGAAUCAUGACCAAGAUCAAGGCGCAGAUCUUUCACUCGCAUCUCCUCCUACUAGCCGAGCUCCCAUCUAUGCUACAGGCAAUACUCGGCGAGACCCUCACGACCACAAACAACAACAGCACCACCGGGCACCGCCAACACGAACACAGUCGGAACCGUAAUCGCAUCAGCAACAGCCGCAAUAUCUGCGUCCAGGCAAGCCGCGACCUGCUCCGACGUUUCAACUACCUCCGCUCCUGCGAGCGCACCGCAGGCUACAUCCGGCUCGUCGACCACUACGCAUGGCUGGCCGCCGCGACGUUACUCCUCGUCCGACUACUGGACAGCUACGCUCGAUCACCUACAGCUCUCAUCGGCGGCAUGGCGGCCACGGGUGCUCCUAACGACGCGCAGCUCUCGGAGGACCGUAAAAUGGCGUCCAUCGCGAUGGAAGGGAUGCGGCUUGCGGGCGACGAUGAAGACGACGAAGAUGACGGGGACGAUGACGUGUACUCGUAUACCUCGGUCAUAGCGGCCAAGAGCGCUGCGGAAGAUGUGCUGCCGCGUUUAUUAGCGCUGGAGGCGGCUGGGGCGGAGGUGGUGGUGACGUACCGCAAGCCUGGGGGGCAGUUGCUUGGGGGGAGUAACUCCGGCGCGGAAGCUAUGGGGGAGGAUCAAGAUACGCUGGUCUUGCCCAUACCUUUUGUCGGCGUUGUUUCGAUCACGCCGCAGGUCCAGUACAUGGGCUAUCUGCCCGGCGCUGUCGGCAAUGAGGCGACGGGCUUUCAAGUCUCGGACGACGAUGGAGAAGAAGAGAUGGAUGACUACGACGAGGAGGACUACGCAGAGGACGAAGAUGGCGAAGAUGACGAAGAGUCGAUCCUGACGAGAGCGCUCAGGAUGCGGCGGAACUCGAAAUGGGGGAUGGCGCCGACUCCUGCCAAUGCCCCAACUCCAAGUAGCUUCACAGCUCACGUUCGAGGCACAGACCUCGGAGCCUUUCUCCAAGAUCACCCUAACGAGCACAACUACAGCCUUUUCUUGAGCGGCUUCCAGUCCGAUGCGACUAUUUUCUGCAAAGACGAGUCCUACCCGAUCCACACCAACAUUGUCUGCUUCCGCAGCGCCUGGUUCCGCAACGUUUCUUCUUCCAUCUUUAGAGGUGAGGAACGGGAAAAGAGCAUCAAGCUUAACCACGAGCCUAGAAUGAUCGAGGCCCUCCUUGUGUGGAUCUACACCGGAAUCCUGUCUCCAGACUUCAUGAUGUCGAUCGCCACCAAAGAGGGCAAGCACCCAGAGAUCCAGACCCUCGCCCUGCUCUGGGAAGCGGCGGAGUACUUCGGCCUCGACCAUGCGGUCGUCCCCGUUCAGAGAGAGGCAUGGGACUUCGAGAACAGGCAUAACGACAACUUCGCGAACUUCGUGAUCCGGGGAGAGGUAUUAGACGAAGAACUCUUCGAGGACCUCGUCAAGGACCUGACGCAGAGCCUGCCAUCCUUGUAUGACGGCACCAUCCGUGCGGAGCCAACGCCAUCGGGCGAGGUCGCCAUUUGA